CGACACGUCUCGAUUAAUUGAUUUCUCGGCCUCGCACCCAUUCCACCACGCGCUACACGGCUUCGCAAGACCUGUCGCAUCCCGUCGCAGCACCCGCAACGUCCCGCACGGCCUGUGCAUGACUGGUACAUGUCAUUUUGCGUUUGGGUGUUUGCGCUGCAGCUUUCCCAAGCCCCACGCCGGGCCGUUCUCAUCCAUUGACUGAGCCUGCCGACGACUCGCACACGCUGCUGCGACACGACAUCAUCACCAUCGCCAGCAUCGCCAUUGUUCAUCAGGCCAAAGACGUGGCUUGCCUGCCUGCCUGCACGCACUCAAGGCCAGAGCCACUUGCACACAAACCCGGGGCUCGUGCUCCCACGCCCGCUGCCAGUCGCCGAGUGGAGGCGUGCUGGACUGGACUGGACUGGACUGGCGCUCCCUCCCCCCUCUUCGGGCUCGCUAAAUAAGUUGUCGGAAAAAGAGGCACGCUUAUUAGUUACAAGCCCACCCUCGCUUCCUCUGCCGCCCGCGCUUCCCUCGCUUGCCUACACGCACUCCAGCUGAGCCUCGACCGCAAUCCAUCAGCUCAUCGCACCGCUUGCCACGACCAGGACGAGGCCGGCCCACGAUACGAGCGAUCGAUCGCAGCUCGACUUUUGCGCUGCGUCGAGCACGCGCUUGCGGCACGGCACCAUUUACACUGACUGCCCUUGCCCACGCAAAGGCCAUCGCGCCGCGUGCACGCUUGCAGGCCCGAGCCCGAGCCGCCAGGGUUCUCCCACGGCAACGUCGAGCAUUCACAAGCGCCCAUCCCUCGACGCCCCUUCAUUUCAAACACCCUCCCGCCGCGCACGAUAGGCUCUCGCCAAUUCACAAUGCCGUCGGCGUCGCAGUCAUCACAGCAAUCUUUCACCAUGAGCCAACAGUCGCAGCCGAGGCACUCUGCCUCGUUCCACCAGGGCUACAAUGGCCCGGCGGAAGCGCCCCAAAUCUACUCCGCCUCGUACUCAGGCGUCGAUGUGUACGAAAUGGAAGUCAACAAUGUCGCCGUCAUGCGCCGGCGCCACGACUCAUGGCUCAACGCAACCCAGAUCCUCAAGGUUGCCGGCGUCGACAAGGGCAAGCGCACCAAGAUCCUCGAAAAGGAGAUUCAGACUGGUGAGCACGAAAAGGUCCAGGGCGGCUACGGCAAGUACCAAGGCACCUGGAUAAAAUUCGAGCGUGGCGUUGAAGUAUGCCGCCAAUACGGCGUCGAAGAGAUGCUUCGGCCGCUCUUGACGUACGACAUGGGCCAAGACGGCGGCGUCGCUGGCAGGGGAGACUUCAACACGCCCACCAAGGAGCAAGCCAUGGCUGCGCAGAGAAAGCGUCUCUACAACUCCAGUGUCGAUGGCAGACCCAAUGGCCUGUCAGGCACCUUUUUCAAGAACAUCUCCAGCACCGCGAGCCACGCUGUCGCCGCUAUUAGCAAGGCACGAUUCGACUCGCCUGGUCCUAGGAGCCGCAACGGGCCGACCCGAGCACCCAGCUUCAGCCGGCAGCCUUCUAUGCAGAAUGGAGAUGAAUUCCCUGGCAACUCCCAGCAGAGCUACGCCUCCGACUAUGGGCAGGGGGUGGACUCGGCCUACUCGACCCAGCAGCAGAACAACGAAAACGGCGCGGCACCCGACAACGAGCCCCCGCGAAAGCGACAACGAGUGACGAUGACGCCGGCCGAUAUGUUUGGAGGCAGUUAUAACCAGAAUGUGGAAGCGUACGCCGCGACAUUUCCCGGCUCGCCCACAGAACCCAAUGAGUCUUUCAUUUACACGCAGAGCGCCGUGCAUGACCGAACCCCGAACGAAGACGGCAAUGGCUCUCUCCCUCCCCUCCCCUACGAGAUGUCUCCCGAUAUCGAGACGAAACGCAGCAUGCUCAUGGGCCUCUUCAUGGACUCCUCGGCAUCUGACACCUCCAAGCACGACAUGCUCCAGACCUUUACGCCGCACGAGCUCGACAUGCCCAUCGACCCUCAAAGCCACACCGCCCUCCACUGGGCGGCAACUCUUGCCCGCAUGCCUCUCCUGCGCGCGCUCAUAGCGGCUGGGGCAUCUCCGUAUCGUGUGAACGCUUCUGGUGAAACGGCGCUCAUGCGUGCUUGCCUGGUCACCAACUCCAUGGACCACGGCUCCUUUCCGGACUUGCUCGAGGUUCUGGGGAGCACGAUUGAGGCUCGCGAUCACAAGGGUAGGACCGUGCUCCAUCACAUUGCAGUCACCAGCGCAGUCAAGGGACGCAACGCGGCCAGUCGCUACUACCUUGAGAGCCUUCUUGAGUGGGUUGUCCGGCAGGGUAGCGUUCCCAGCAGUCAGAACCCACAAGCCAACGGCAAUCCACCGAGCAGCUCGCAGUCUGCGGCGCCGAAAAUGGGCAUUGCGCGGUUCAUGACCGAGAUUGUCAACGCCCAGGACAGCUCGGGUGACACGGCGCUGAACAUCGCUGCGAGAAUCGGGAACCGGAGCAUCAUCUCACAACUGCUCGAGGUUGGGGCCGACCCCAACAUUGCAAACCGCGUUGGCCUUCGGCCGCUUGACUUUGGCAUCGGCGGUGACAAUACGGAGGAGCAGACGAACGGGGAGGGGCCGGCUGAGAAGAACGGCGCCCCGGGCUCCAGCCAGCGGACCCGAGAGAGCAGCGACGAGAUCAUCGCCUCAAUUACGCAUUUGCUCAAUGAAACAGGCGCCACUUUCCAGCAAGAGAUGAAGUCCAAACAAGCAUCCCUAGAUGCCCUGCACGCAACCCUUCGAACAACCUCUACUCAGCUCGGUGAAGCGCGACGCAACAUCGAGCAUCUGACUGCCACGGUGAAGAAGCAACAACUGGCCCGCCAAAAGGUCGCGAAUCUCGCUCACGCGCGUGAGGAUGAGCAGCUACGGCUCAUGAACGAGCAGAAUCACUCGUCGCAGCCGAACCCUUCGUCUUCUUGGGAGACAGAGCUGUCGGCCAUGCUCGAAGCCGCAGACGAGUCAGCCGCGGGCGGAGGCGUCGAAGGCAUGCUGCCCUCGGCGAGCGUCCUACGGGCACGCAUCCGCGCUCUCGAGGGUCGGCGAGACUUUACGCGCAAGAUGGUGCAGGCCCUCCAGCUCCGCAGUCGGGACGUUGAGGUCAAAUACCGCCGCGUCGUCGCCCUCUGCACAGGCGUGCAGGAAGCCGAAGUGGACGCUGUUGUCGAUAACCUGCUCAAGGCAGUCGAGAGCGAGCGAGAAGAGCUCGAUAUUGGGCGCGUGAGGAGAUUCCUCGGCGGCGUCGAGGGUGUGGUCCACUAGUAGCGCGGCCACACACCAUCAACUGUGUGUUCCCACGCGCGUCGCGCCGACGAUGUACUCGUAAUGUCUAUACCUCCUUGCUUUUGUUGUCCUGGGCGAGCCAUGUCAGGAUAGGAGAGGGCCAUGCGCCGGGUACGAUGAGGUGUUCACCGGGG